AUGUGGGUGGAUGGGACCAUGCUGAAGCGGGAGAUGAAGCCAGAAACUGACAGACCACGGAAAGUCCGAUUUCGGAUAGCAUCAUCUCACAGUGGCAGAGUUCUGAGGGAGGUGUAUGAAGAUGGACGGCCAGCAGGCUCUCUGGAUUCUGAAUGUGCCAGUAUCUGUGGCAUAGAUGGGCUCAGUGAGUCUGAUGGACAGCAGAACGGCCACAUAGGAUCAGAAGGUGAUGAACAGGAGAAUGACCAGGAUAACUUACUGGUGUUAGCAAGGGCAGCCAGCGAGAAGGGGUUUGGGACAAGAAGAGUCAACAUUUUAAGCAAGAAUGGCACAGUCAGAGGUGUUAAAUAUAAAGUCAGUGCUGGACAAGCUCUAUUUAACAAUUUGACCAAAGUAUUACAGCAACCAUCAACUGAGCUGGAAUUUGACCGGGUAGUGAUUUAUACCACUUGCCUUCGUGUGGUACGGACAACCUUUGAAAGGUGUGAACUGGUUAGAAAGAUCUUCCAGAACCAUCGAGUCAAAUUUGAAGAGAAAAACAUUGCUCUGAAUGGCGACUAUGGAAAAGAGUUAGAUGAACGAUGCCGGCGGGUUUCUGAAGCUCCUUCCCUCCCUGUCGUGUUCAUUGAUGGCCAUUAUCUAGGGGGUGCUGAGAAAAUUUUGUCAAUGAACGAAUCAGGAGAACUGCAAGACCUCUUAACCAAAAUUGAGAGAGUGCAGCAUCCACACGAGUGUCCCUCCUGUGGAGGCUUUGGCUUUCUUCCGUGCUCUGUCUGCCAUGGGAGCAAGAUGUCAGUGUUUCGAAACUGCUUUACAGACUCUUUCAAGGCCCUGAAGUGCACGGCUUGCAACGAGAAUGGUCUUCAGCGCUGUAAGAGCUGUUUGGGUUAG